UAAUCUAAAUACUCCGUAUAACAUAUGCAAAAACCGGUUGAAUUAAUUAAACGCGCCCUUCAAAUAAUAAAUCUAACAAGGGCAUGCAAGUAGAAGAGGAUCAAUUCGUAUAAAAUCCAAAGUUAAAUUGUAGUCUCAAGAAUAUGUUUUUUUUUUUUUUUUUUUUUUUUUUGGUUACAUAACAUAUGUACGGAGUAUGAUUGAAUAUAAAUUUGUAAUGUUUAUUGUUAAGAAAUUCACAUUGGUUUGUUUAUAAGAUUCUAACAAUUGCAGAUGUGGUAUUGUUUUGAAUUAAUAAAAUCAUCCAAAAUAAUGAAUGCUUCAUGUUUUAUUUUUACAUUGGAAAAGUUCAUGGCAAGUAUGCCAUCAGCAGAAGAAUAUUGGUUGGACACAGAAUUCAAGAGCUCCGAUGACCCAAAUGACACAAUUACAUCAUUUUUAUUUGGUCCUCGUUUCAUGUCUAAGCUUUAUAAGUUGUCCCCCCCUGAGGACUAUGAGCUUGCUAUGACAUUGAAAAGGCCAUCAUCGAUGUUCCUUGAGGAUCUAUCGAGGCCAGAGAGUAAGCUUUCCGAGGAGAGAUAUGGAUCAGUUCGGCGUGUUUAUGUGAUGUGUGACGAAGAUGAAGCAAUACCACCAGCAUUCCAAUCUUGGAUGAUUAAGAAUGAUGAGGUGAAAGAAGUGAGGAUGCUUAAACACUCAGAUCACAUGCCCAUGUUCUGCAUGCCUAAACAGCUUUGUUACUGUCUUUUGGAGAUUGCUCUGAAACAUUUUGCUGCCAACUCUGAUGACUCUCCAACUUCUGAUCCCAAUUAAGUUAAAACUAUAUGUUAUGCUAAGUAAUUAAAGGAUUAUUGUCUCUUAACAACUCGUCUUAUUGGUAAUUUUGAACUCUUAAUUACCUAUGUUUGUCGCCUUUACAUGUUUAUGAUCGUUUCAUGUUAUUGUAAGCUCUUGUGCCGUUAAUGUUUAAUAUGUAUGGUGUACAAGGUGAAAGUUUCCUAAAGAACAUAUGUUACUCUAUU